UCCGCCGUUGAUGACGAAGCACGUGUUUACGUGCAGAUACAAAUGUUGGCGCGAAUCAUUUUAUCGUAAUAAAUAAACAGUAGGAAGUGAUUUUUAAUUCUUUGUGAUGACUGAUACAUUAAAAUAUAUACUGCGUCUUAUCAUAGUGACGACUUUAUACUACACCUUGAUCUGUGUGUUUAAAGAAAUCAAACGUUUUAUUUGGACUGUUGGUGAGACCGAGUUUUAAUAACAUUGGAUUGUAUUGACGUGUAAUUUGAUAUUCAAAAUGGCGGAUUCGGAUAUUUUCAAUUUCACAGAAGACAACACAAACGUGCAGCAAAGUGAACUAUCGAAGUUUUCCCCGACUCUGCUCACGUUUGCGGCAAUCGUGACUGGCGUCAUCAUGGUCAUAGGGCUGCUCGGUAACCUGCUCACGGUGGUUGCCCUUCUCAAAUGCCCUAAAGUACGAAACGUGGCCGCUGCAUUUAUUAUAAGUUUAUGCAUUGCGGAUUUCCUAUUCUGUGCCGUCGUGCUCCCGUUUGCCAUAUCCGGCUUCUGGACCCAGACGUGGUCCCACGGGGGUGCACUAUGCAAGAUGGUACCGUUUCUGCGCUACGGAAACGUCGGAGUUUCGCUAUUGAGCAUCGCCCUCAUUACUUUGAAUAGGUACAUAAUGAUUGCCCACCACAGCUGGUACGCGAGGGUGUACCGUAAACACAACAUAGCGCUUAUGAUCGUCUUUUCGUGGAUGUUCUCGUACGGGAUGCAGAUUCCGACGCUUAUUGGAGUCUGGGGUAAAUUCGACUACGAUAAAGAAUUGGGCACCUGUUCCAUAGUGCCGGACGAUAACGGUCGUUCGGCGAAGACUGCACUCUUCGUAAUAGCCUUCAUCGUUCCUGCUCUACUUAUCUUCAUCUGCUACGCAAGAAUAUUUUGGGUCGUCCACAGUUCAGAGCAAAGGAUGCGUGAGCAUCAACGCUCGCAACACAAUAUCCCUGGAACCCUCAAUAAUGGCAGUGAUAAGCGUUCUACCAUCAAGGAUACAAGAGAAACCAAAGCACGUCGCAACGAAUGGAGGAUAACGAAGAUGGUGCUGGCUAUCUUCCUCUCAUUCCUUGUCUGCUACCUCCCUAUUACCAUCGCGAAAGUUGCUGAUAGUCACGUUCAUUACCCUGUAUUCCACAUAGCCGGCUACCUCCUCCUGUACGCGAGCGCAUGCGUGAACCCGAUCAUCUACGUCAUCAUGAACGCGCAAUAUCGCGCUGCCUACGCAGCCGCCCUCUGCUGCCCUCUCUCCCGUUUAUCGGGCCUCACCAGCGAAAUGGAACGAGCGUCACGGGUACAGCUUCAGCAACACACGAACGGUGCUAAGCCAAGUGUCGCUGGCGGACUCCAGGGCAGACCCUCGGGGCUCCCUUCCCUCUCCAAGGUAGACGUAUACCCCGGAUCCAGAGGAAGCUCGAGCAUCGGGCCCAGAAACGAGACGGUUACCAGCGGCUUGGGAUCAAGAGGAACCUUGAUCAAGAUGACGAGAUUUGAAAUCGACCAAAAUCGCGCUUAGUCUGUCGCUUGUUAGCUAGACGAACCAAAGAUAUUUAAUUUAGUUUUUUUUUUAAUUUAAGUGCACAUUUUUUAACACUUAUUUUAUCUGUAAAACUUUUUGUUGAUAUGACAGGCUGUUGUUACUUUGUUCUCUCUCAUUCAUUGACUGUUUUGGAACUUAAUUUAGAAUUCUUGACUGAGUAUAAAAAGCUAUAUUACUAGUUCCAGGGAAACUCGUAUGUUAAAUUUGGCGAAAAAUAAUUAAAGUUAACAUUUGUAUAGGGAUAGCCAGUGUUAUUAAUAGAGGUCAAUGAACCACUACUGAGCAACGAUGUAACUAAAGUUAAAUUAGUACCGUAUACUUAUUAUCAUUUAAAAACAAUUCACUGCGAGAUCUCACUGCCUUAAAAUAGAGAUAAAGGUACCUUUUUAAUGAAAUCGUUUGUGUACCAAAAUAGUAAGAGUACAUCCUAAACCCCGUCCCCUAUAAAUAUUACUUUGCUGUCUGUAAGUUCCAGUUACCAAUUUCCACCAGAUAGACACCACAAUAUUACAACCACAAAGAUUAGGCUGAUGACAAUAAUUUACCAAAUAAGUAGGUAUUCCUUACCUGCCAGGCAUAUUACUCUACCCCUUUUCUCCUACAACCAACGCCUACAACAUAUUUCGUGCUAGGCUACGAAAGAACUCAGUAAUAAUGUAAAUUAUACCUUUAGUAGGUAGAUUCUUAAAUUUUAAUUCGUAUUUCAUAAAUGUUCAUAAUCUACCCACUAUAAUAAAUAUAAAUUCAGUAUUAAAACAUAUCCGUCCAGCUAAAAAGCGACACGCAAGCUAUUAAUUAACUUUAUUAGAUUUUAUAUUGUAUAUAGUUAGGUGCCUAUUUAUGAUAUACUUAUUAUUAAUUGUAAGUUUGAUUAUAAGAUGACAAUGGUUGUUUAUAUAUGAAGACAUUUAAAGUUAUACUUGAAGGUUUUAUGUUUUUGAAACUGUGUAUUUAAGACAGUUACCGCCAUUUAAACCACCUAAGAUACAUUCCAAAAUGUAGUUUGUAUUUGUAUAUUUGUACAUUCCCCUUUUUGUAUUGUAUAUUUAAUAAAUUUAAAGUUUUAAAUAUGAAACAGCCAAAGAUUUAUUCGAAUACGUCGCGUUACGUAAAAGUAACGCUUAGUUUUUGCUCUGAGAAAUAACCCAAAAGGUUUACUGCGUAGUACGGUUUACUGGUAGUUAUUUACAUGCAAUUGAACGCGAUUUACCUAUUGUUUCAUUAAUUACAUGUAUUUUAUUUUAGUCUUAGAAAUAAUCAUCGGCACUAGAUUACCGUAUCCGUAUCGCUUAUGAUAGUCGCACAAGGAAAAAGUUUGUAUGCAGUCAUGAUACGCGGUCGCGAAUCCCGAUACGUAUCAUGACUGCGUAUCAUCUGUACAGUUAUUGCGAUCAUCAAAGAUAAUUUAACACA